AUGAAUUCCGCAGCUCUACUCUCCGUCGGCCUUCUGGUGCUCGCUGCCGUUUGCAGCGUUCAAUCGGAAAUGGAGCCGUGCGUUACCGAAAAGUCCACCUGCUACGAAAAUAUCACAACAAGACACUUCCCCCGGGAGCGGUCGCGAUGGGCUGAAAAUCUUUGCCGACACAUUCCCAACUUUCAAGCCUAUCACUGCUUGUGCAGCAACAAGUUUGUCGACGACUACAAGCGGAACAACUGCGGCAACAACGUGGGCUUCUUGCAAACCCGGAUGACCUGCGGCGAAUUUCGGCCAAGCGACCAGUGCCCGCAAAAGUACGAACGUUCUAAGAAAACCUGCUGGGACUUGGCCCAAUAUUCCGAGUGUCUAUAUGCCGAACAGGCCGAGAUGUGCCAAAACACGCGCGCUUACAAGAUCUACUUCUACAACGAGAUGCUCCUCGAGUUGAACACCCGUGAAACGGUCCGGUGCCGCAAGGAGCGUAUCGAAUUUGUCGAGCACGUGCGCGAUCAGCUUAUGGAGAUCAACUUCAGCGAUUUCCCGCUCCCGGUCCAGCAUAACAUCCUCCGGAACAUGGACAUUGUCGGCUUCUUCAGAACCGCAAUCACGAGCAAAGAACUGCUGGAGGUGGCCAAGAGCUGCCGCGACAAGAUUUGGGAACUGCGGCUCAUAUAUGCUUCCCAAGCCUUCCACGGCACGAUCCCAGGGCUUGGGCAUCGAAUCAUCUCGAAUAGGGACACCUGCAAACUACUCUUUAACGGGGCCACCUGUCGGCAACUGAUUGUGGACGGACGGGUCCCGGACGAUGUGGACUUGCGUUGCCGGACAUUGUGGAUUCACUGGCGGCCUGACGUCUCAGGCGCCACAAGCCGCGCGGGCGAUAUACCGUCGAACUCCCGGAACUGCAGCCUGAUGCCGAGUUUC